UCAGCUGAUGUUUCCCGAUUGAGGGAUUCAUAACAAACACACGUGACAGGAGACGAGACUAUAAGGCAACUCAAAAAGUAACACGGGAAAUUCAGUGAGGAACGGACGAAACUGAGAGAAUUGUUAGGACUCUCUGACCCCGUGAAAAAAGCUAUCAAGGCCUUUGUUCCCGGCCUAGGCUUGCUCUAUUACCAUGCGGCCUCUAACCGAAGAUGAGACCAAAGCCCUCUUUGAGAAACUGUCCAAGUACAUCGGCGAGAACAUCAAGUGCUUGCUGGAUCGUCCCGACGGAUUGUAUUGCUUCCGACUUCAAAAAGAUCGCGUGUUCUAUGUCCAAGAAAAGAUCAUGAAAAUGGCCGCCACUUUUCCCCGCGAUGCGCUUAUGUCUUUGGGCACGUGUUUCGGGAAGUUCACCAAGAGCGGAAAAUUCCGCCUCCACAUCACGGCCUUAGAUUUCUUAGCCCCUUAUGCCAAGCACAAGGUUUGGCUCAAGGCCUCGGCCGAGCAACAAUUUCUGUACGGACGCAACGCCAUGAAAUCCGGUUUGGGUCGUAUUACCGAGAACACGGACAAGUAUCAGGGUGUGGUGGUGUAUUCCAUGAGCGAUUUGCCCUUGGGAUUCGGUGUGGCGGCCAAAGCCACGGCCGAAUGCCGACACGCCGAGCCCAUGAGCGUCGUCUGCUUCCAUCAAGCCGAUGUGGGCGAAUAUAUUCGCAACGAAGCCAUGUUAAUAUGAUUAAGAAGGGAAUAAAAAAAUACAAUUCAAGAA